AUGGCCGAAGUGGUCAAGGGAAAACUGGAGACCAACCAGACACUGACAGUUCGCUUCUCUGAGUUUGAAGCCUCAGUUGAUGGCAUGGUGGCCAAAAUAAAACAAGCCCUCAACAGAGACGAGGGCCUCAUCCUCACGGAUUCACAGGGGAACCAAAUCCUCGACUCUCAAGGAACCCAAGGUAGAGUUUCACAUUCCGCACUCCACAGUGUUUGUAUUGUAAUCCCUUUGUAUGAAAUGCACUUGUUGUAUGAUACUUACAUUGACUAG